AAAAUGGACAAAUCCUCGGAAAUUGAUUUUAAAUUCUCAAUUUUCAUGCGUCUGAUGUGCAUAAUCUUACAACAAGAAAAUGAAAGUAAAUUUUCAAGUAAAAAAAAAGUAGAAAAAAAUGGAAAAGAAGAAGAAAUAAUGAGUGAUGACUGCUAAGAAUAAAAAAAAGAUGAAUAAUAGAAGAGAGGGGAUGAAGCUGUCGGCUUGGACCAGGCAAACACGAUCCAAAUCCACAUCUCUUCCCUGCAGCCUACCCUUUUACCUCCCAUUUCCCCCCACACCCACCACCCUACCCUUUUCCUUUUCUCUCUCUUUUCUUCUUUUUCCUAACCCUAUUUUCUUCUUUAAAUCCCAAUUUUCUUUUCCAAUUUUUGCUUUUCUUUUUACCAAAUUCUAUCUCAGAGCUUCAGCUUCAGUUGGGUUUUUUUUUUUUUUUUUUUCGGGUUUUUUGAAAUAUUUAUGGGUCAUUUUGAUCUAGUUUUAGUUCAGAUCGGUCCUCCUUUUGUUGAGUAACAAAAUACACGUUUCAUAGCUUCGGGAAGAAAAGUAGAAUAUAUAUUAGAGAUCUGUUGUAAUUGUGGGUAGCUUCUCAUGGCACUUCAAGACACUCAUGGGUCUGGUGGACGGCCAAAGCAAGAUGCCUUGUACAAGGAGCUGUGGUAUGCAUGUGCUGGACCCCUGGUAAAUGUUCCUCGUGAAGGGGAGCGUGUUUAUUAUUUUCCUCAAGGUCACAUGGAGCAGCUUGAGGCAUCGACGCAACAGGGACUAGAACAGCAGAUGCCUUCAUUUAAUUUGCCAUCUAAAAUUCUCUGCAAAGUGGCUCAUAUUGAGCUUCGGGCGGAACCUGAAACAGAUGAAGUGUAUGCUCAGAUAACUCUGGUUCCUGAAUUAGACCAAAGUGAAGUUACAAAGCCUGAUCCUCCAGUGCCAGAUCCUCCUAUGUACAACGUGCAUUCAUUUUGCAAGACUCUAACAGCUUCUGAUACUAGCACACAUGGAGGAUUCUCUGUGCUUCGGAGACACGCAGAUGAUUGCUUGCCACCUCUGGACAUGUCUCAGCAGCCGCCUUGGCAGGAGCUUGUUGCUACUGAUCUUCAUGGCAAUGAAUGGCAUUUUCGGCAUAUUUUUCGAGGGCAACCAAGGCGUCACCUACUCACUACAGGGUGGAGUGUAUUUGUCAGUUCCAAGAAGCUAGUAGCUGGUGAUGCAUUUAUAUUUUUACGGGGUGAAAAUGGAGAACUGCGUGUUGGAGUGAGGAGGUUGAUGAGGCAGCUAAACAAUAUGCCAUCUUCUGUUAUUUCUAGUCAUAGUAUGCACCUUGGUGUUCUUGCCACAGCCGCUCAUGCAAUUCAAACUAAGACCUUAUUUUCAGUUUUCUAUAAGCCGAGAACUAGUAGGUCCGAGUUUCUUGUAAGUGUGAACAAGUAUCUUGAGGCCAAGACACACAAACUUUCUGUUGGGAUGAGGUUCAAAAUGAGAUUUGAAGGCGAUGAAGUUCCAGAAAGAAGGUUCAGUGGCACUAUUGUUGGCGUCAAUGAUACUUCGCCAUCAUGUUGGACAAAUUCCGAAUGGAGAUCUUUAAAAGUUCAAUGGGAUGAACCUUCAUCAAUUGUGCGUCCGGAGAGAGUUUCACCUUGGGAAUUGGAACCACUUGUGGCAACUAAUUCUACUAAUUCCCAGCCUACGACCCAAAGAAAUAAGCGGCAACGUUCAGCAGUGACACCAUCCCCAGCAACAGAUCUGUCUGCUCUUGGCAUCUGGAAGUCUCCUGGUGAUUCUCUUUCUGUGGCAUGCGCCGAAGUUGAGCGUCCACGUGAUCAGUUGUCGUCUGUAACAAAAGCAGGUUCUGCUGUUUUUACGGCAAACAAUUCCCUUCCUGCAAUAUCCAGCCCGUCAUUAUAUUGGCCCAAUAGAGUAGACAACGUGUCGGAGUCACUUGGUUCAGUUAUCAACAAAGAUUUUGGAGAAAAAAGAAAGCAAAAUGGUGCUGGCUGCCGUUUAUUUGGCAUUCAGCUUUUUGAUCGUUCCAAUUUGGAUGAAAAUUCUGCUAGGGUUGGUGAUGAUCAGCCAGUUCCAUCUCUAGAAGCUGAAUCUGAUAGAUCCAAUGUUAAUCGCUCUGAUUUACCUUCAUUGAACUGUGAUCCUGACAAAUCGUCACUAAAGUCUCUUCUAGACUCUCAGAGUAAGCAAAAUCGUACCUGCACAAAGGUUCAUAUGCAAGGUGUGGCUGUUGGGAGGGCUGUAGAUUUGACCCGAUUCGACUGUUAUGAGGAUCUUCUUAAGAAACUGGAGCAGUUAUUUGACAUUAAAGGGGAGCUUUGUGGUUCAUCGGGGAAAUGGAAGGUGGUCUACACCGAUGAUGAAGAUGACAUGAUGAUGGUGGGAGACGAUCCCUGGCAUGAGUUUUGCAGCAUGGUCCGAAAAAUAUAUAUCUACACAUCUGAAGAGGUGAAGCGGCUGUCACCAAAGAGUAAAAUUAGCGUCGAAGAGGAUGUCAAAGCCGGUUACGCUGAUGUUGAUCUCCCGGCUGCUUCUGAAGAGCAGUCAUCCGCUGUUGGGCCAAGUUGCUAAUUUUGGCUCUCCUGGAAUCCAGGGGAAUUCGAAAGCCUUUCAUAGUUCAAUCUAAAUAAAUGGAUGAUAAAGACAAUUGCAGUAAAGAAAGAGCGGGAGAUGUUAAGAGUGGAAAUAUCGAUGGUCAGCGGGAAAUAUGUAUGAUGCAGAUUACAGCGCAACAUAUGGAUACCGAAAGGGAAUGAUCGACUCCCAGUAUGUUUCUUUGCUUGUAGUAGUGAAGUUUUGUUUCGGUUUUUAAUAUUUCCGCUAUGUUGUAGUAAAAUAGUAGGUUGAUAUGUUGGUGACUAUUAUAGUUUCACCAUCUUCGUUUAUACUCCCAGCCUUGUAUCCCUUAAUAGUGUUUUCUGGUGUUCGACGGAAUCUACCUUCCUUUUGUAUAUAUAAACAUGCCUAUUUAUAGUUU